AGAGAAAAUAUGGGUUAUUUUUUCUUCUAGAAAUUAAGGAAACAAGUUUCCAGAACCAUAUGGCCUAACUUCUUAGCUUUGCAUUUACUAGCUGUGUGACCUGCAAAUCAUCAAAUUCUCAUCUAUAAAAUAAGGACAGUAGCUACCUCACUACCUUAUUGUAGUGAGGAUUAAAUAAUCUGCAACACUGCCUGGUACAACAAAAGUGCCACUUUAUUGUUAAUUAGCUGCUAUUACCAUAAGUGAAAUUUUUGAAAGCAUCAGUUCCACCUAAAAAAAAAACCUCAAUAACAUUCUGGUAAUUAUGAAUAUAUAUAUUUGUGUCUUAUUGCUAGACUCUAACUGUGACUUCCCAACCAUGAUUCACUUCUUUUACACCAAGAGCUUCUUGCCAUUCAAGAUGCAGAUAUACGUGACAGCCUAUCGAACCUUGCAUAUAUGAAGUCCUUGCUUAGUAAAACUUAAGGUCUAGCAGGGAAGAAGAGAGCCUUUUGGGAUAAAUCUAUUCAUACAAAUGACAACAAGUUUACAUACCAAUAAUAGUAAUUAAAAAAAAAACUGAAAAAGGUCCAAGAAUAUGAGUACAUAUUACUCUGAAGUCUGCAUACAUAGUAAGCAAAAACCAUCCAAUGCAUUGCGAAAAUAGGAUAAUUUUUCAAUGUUAAGUGAAUAUGUACCAUCUCCUUCUCCUCUUUUUAAUCACAAAAACGGACUAGCCCCACACCUUCUACUCCAAAAAGCGGGAGUAACGGUUUAGACUAUCCGAUCAGAAGCGCUUCCGUUCCCUCGGAACUUUGUACAAUCAAGUCCUUGGUGUCGUCCCUACUUUCCACUCUGCUUCUGAAAGUACUGUUUCAGGCCACAACUUUUAGAUUUGAUGAUAGUUCCUCUAAAAUGGAAUGACGAAUAAUCUCCAUCCUUUUCUUACAGUGGCGUCCAAAUUCCAGCCAAAGACAAACAAAAUUGUCUUUUAGUGUAGCGUAGUGUUUAGAACUUAAUGCUGUGUAGUCAGACAAAUCUGCGUUCGGCCUCCGCUAGAUCGGUCAUUAGCCGUGUGAUGUUGUAAAAGUCUUGUUACUACAAAUCUAAGGGAAGCGCGUGAGUACACGCACUGAAUCUUGGACAAAGACAGCAUUUAUACUUUUUUUUUUUUUAACUGAAUUAAGUGUAACGCCCUCUAGGUUUAUAGCAGCUAGUCCUGGAGACGAGACGCGGGACUGUGUUGAUGACAUCACUUCCGGGGCGACAAGGUCGGUCUCUGCCUCCUGCAAUAACACAGCGACUGACUUUGCUAGGGAAAGGACGCCUCUACUAGCUACUGUCAUUCACGAGGAAGGUGGGUGAAAUUGCUCACCCCUCUCUUACUGGUUCUUUCGUGUGCCUGGAAGAACGAUUCCAGUAGAAGCCCUUCGCCUUCCUACAACAGAGAUUGGUACUGGCCAAUUUCCCUGGGUUCACUUGGGAGUCUUCUUGGCCCAAAGACAAAUGCUCAGCACAGGCAGCCUGGCGUGGGUUUUGUGACUGCAAAGUUCUCCAGGAAUUAUCUAUAGAGUAAGUAUGCUAAUAUUGAAUAAGGCAGCAGGAGUUUUUUCUAAACCAUCAAGAAGGGAAAUUUAUGAAUUUUUAAGAAGUUUUAAUUUUCGUCCUGGAAAAGUAUUUCUUCAUAAACUAGUAUUGGGGAUUGAAACCAGUUGUGAUGAUACGGCAGCUGCUGUGGUGGAUGAAACUGGAAAUGUUUUGGGAGAAGCAAUACAUUCCCAAACUGAAGUUCAUUUAAAAACAGGUGGAAUUGUUCCUCCAGUAGCUCAACAGCUUCACAGAGAAAAUAUUCAACGAAUAGUGCAAGAAGCUCUCUCUACCAGUAAAGUCUCUCCAAGUGAACUCUCAGCAAUUGCAACUACCGUCAAACCAGGACUUGCUUUAAGCUUGGGCGUAGGCUUAUCAUUUAGCUUACAACUGGUAGACCAAUUAAAGAAACCCUUUAUUCCCAUUCAUCAUAUGGAGGCUCAUGCACUUACUAUUAGGUUAUUAAAUAAAGUAGAAUUUCCCUUUUUAGUUCUUUUGAUUUCUGGAGGUCAUUGUCUAUUGGCAUUAGUUAGAGGAGUUUCAGAUUUUCUGCUUCUGGGAAAAUCUUUGGACAUAGCACCAGGUGACAUGCUUGACAAGGUAGCAAGAAGACUUUCUUUGAUAAAACAUCCUGAGUGCUCUACCAUGAGUGGUGGGAAAGCUAUAGAACAUUUGGCCAAACAAGGAAAUAAACUGCAUUUUGAUUUCAAACCUCCCAUGCAACGAGCUAAAAAUUGUGAUUUUUCUUUUACUGGACUUCAACAUGUUAUUGAUAAGAUAAUAACACAAAAGGAAAAAGAGGAAGGGAUCCAGAAGGGGCAAAUCCUGUCUUCGGCUGCACACAUUGCUGCUGCAGUACAGCACACAACAGCGUGCCACAUUGCAAAAAGAACACAUCGUGCCAUUCUGUUUUGCAAGCAGAGAGAUUUGUUACCUCAAAGUAAUGCAGUGCUGGUUGUAUCUGGAGGUGUUGCAAGUAACCUAUAUAUCCGAAAAGCUCUGGAAAUUGUAACAAAUGCAACACAAUGCACUUUGUUAUGUCCUCCUCCCAGACUGUGCACUGACAAUGGCAUUAUGAUUGCAUGGAAUGGUAUUGAAAGAUUGCGUGCUGGCUUGGGCAUUUUACACAACACAGAAGGCAUCCGCUAUGAACCAAAAUGUCCUCUUGGAGUAGAUAUAUCAAAAGAAGUUGGAGAAGCUGCCAUAAAAGUACCACGAUUAAAAAUGAAGAUUUGAUUUUUGCUUUUCAAACAAUCUCUUAAGAUUAAAGUAACUAAAUGUACUGUGCUUUGAAUAUAAAGAUGAUGCUGCUGACUUUAAUGUCCUUUGAGAGAUUUUACCAGUAAAGAGUUAUGUCACAUCAUCCAUACUGGACCAGGUUGUUAGCUUUCUACUCAAUGACUUGCUUUGUUCAGAAACUAGAGG